AUGAUAUGCUUUACGGAGAGUCUCAUCUCGCAAACACCGGCCACCGGCGAUUUGGUUUACGGUGAGUCGCUUCUUAGCAACAAACUGAUGUACAAGUGGCAAAAGAAGCUACUGUCAGAGUCACCACUGGACGCUACCAUGGCAAUAACAACAGGCUCUCAGCACUUACCGUCCCUCUAUAUAUGUCCACGUCCAUGGUGUUAUUUACCUACACUUAGAGAGAGAAGCUGGACUCCUGCUGGAGGAGGAAGGAUGGGUGGUAGGGGAGGAGGGUGCUGCCGAAGGAGAUCCUCCGAUGGUGCGUACAAUAAGUCGCUAAUCAAUCGUGUACUGCUCCAAUUCCGGCCGAUUGCACCCAAGCCUGCCGGAAACAAUUCUGUCACCGGUGGGAAAACGCCGGAGAGACAAAACAUAGUGGUCAACGACAGAAGGGUCAAGAGAAGAUCAAACGAUAAGGGAUUGUUGGAAAGACGAUCAUCAGAGUGCACUAUUGAUCGCAAACCGCCUAAUUUGAUGGAAUCCAGUGAUCUUCUUGUUCUGGAUAAAGAAAAAACCGCUUCUUUUAGCUUUUAUGUGACGCCGGUGGUGCAGAGGAAGAAGGUGGCGGUUGAAACGUUGGUGAUGAUGGAAUGCAUAACAGAAACAAUUUCCAUAAAUGGAGUAGGGUUAGAGUUAGGGUUAAUUUCAGACAUGGAUAGAGUGAAGAAGUUAGAGGUUGACAAGAAUCCAGGUUUUGUAUCGGACGUUUGGAACAGAGUGCAGUGGGUGAAUGAGGCGUACAAGAUGAUGGUGAGCCAAGAAGAAAAUGAAGUGAGUAGUCCACAGACUCCACAGGAAUUGAAGGUGUGGUUGGUGAUGAAACAAGAUCAGCAUCACCUGCCCUAUUAUUUGUACCCUGCUGCGUUCUCAUGCAGGGUAAAACUACGGUACACGUGGCAUGACCAGAGACGUUCAAGCACAGUGCCAUGCGACGUGUGGAGGAUGGACUUUGGAGGAUUUGCAUGGAAACUCGACCUUCAGGCUGCUCUCAGUUUGGGUCUUUCCACAGAAAUCAAACUUUGA